CGUCCCUUUGGCUGUCUACACAGCCAGCCGUGGGUGGGGAAGGAGGAGGAGGAGGAGGAGGAAGGAGAAGACGCGAGCAGAAAGAAGCCUUGGCGUCGCCGCUCGCCUGCAGAACUGGGAAGGGAGCGACAGCAGCACAGCCGCCUCGCCCGCGCUCCCAAUGGCUCCGGCUGCCGAGUGAAGCGAGCGACGAGCUCGGUCUCUGGCGGCUGAACGCGCCUGGUGAAGCUGAAGGACGGAGUCGAGGGCGCAGUGAACGCCUCCAGCCAUGGCGGGGACGGAAGGCGUCACGGCAGAUGUCGUUUCAACAGCUGCCUUUGCAUCUCCAGCUAGAAGUCUGGGAGACCCAGGGAUAACACCUCUGUCUCCAUCCCACAUUGCGAAGGACUCUGAUGCAAAUGAUGCAGAGGAGCAGUCCUAUCCUGUUGUUGUGGCUAUAGAUUUUGGCACGACAUCCAGCGGCUACGCCUACAGCUUCACCAAGGAACCAGAAUGCAUUCAUGUAAUGAGGCGAUGGGAAGGAGGAGAUCCUGGUGUGUCAAAUCAGAAAACACCAACCACUAUCCUCUUAACUCCAGAAAGAAAAUUCCACAGUUUUGGUUAUGCAGCCAGGGAUUUCUAUCAUGACCUUGAUCCUAAUGAAUCAAAACACUGGUUGUAUUUUGAGAAAUUUAAGAUGAAGCUUCACACAACUGGUAAUCUCAAUCUGGAAACAGACCUGACAGCUGCAAAUGGCAAGAAAGUCAAGGCACUUGAACUAUUUUCUUACGCUCUGCAGUACUUCAAGGAACAAGCAUUAAAGGAGCUGAGUGAUCAGGACUCCGGGUUUGAAAACUCAGAAGUGCGCUGGGUCAUCACGGUGCCAGCUAUCUGGAAGCAGCCGGCAAAGCAGUUUAUGAGGCAAGCUGCGUACAAGGCAGGAAUGGCAUCCCCAGAAAACCCUGAGCAGCUCAUAAUUGCCCUGGAACCAGAGGCUGCAUCUAUCUACUGCAGGAAGCUCCGCCUUCAUCAGAUGAUAGAUUUAAGCAGCAAAGGACCUGCCAAUGGUUAUAACCCAAGUGAGACCAUUGCCACUGGCUUUACACCAGCUAAAGAACACAUUCGGCGUAACCGUCAAAGCCGCACCUUUAUGGUUGAAAAUGUCAUAGGAGAGAUCUGGUCCGAGUUGGAAGAAGGCGACCGUUACAUAGUUGUUGAUAGUGGAGGAGGGACAGUUGAUGUUACAGUCCACCAGAUAAGGUUACCUGAAGGACACUUAAAGGAACUCUACAAGGCAACAGGUGGGCCACAUGGUUCCUUAGGGGUAGACUAUGAAUUUGAAAGGCUCCUGUGUAAAAUAUUUGGAGAAGAUUUUAUUGAACAAUUUAAGAUCAAGCGGCCUGCUGCCUGGGUUGAUCUGAUGAUAGCGUUUGAAUCACGCAAAAGGGCAGCAGCACCAGAUCGGACUAAUCCACUCAACAUCACCCUGCCUUUCUCAUUCAUUGACUACUACAAGAAAUUUCGAGGACACAGUGUGGAACACGCCUUAAGGAAAAGCAAUGUAGAUUUUGUGAAGUGGUCAUCACAAGGAAUGCUGAGGAUGAGUCCCGAUGCAAUGAAUGCUCUCUUCAAGCCUACCAUUGAUGAAAUCAUACAACAUCUCAGUGAUUUGUUUGAAAAGCCAGAAGUAACUAAUGUGAAGUUCCUCUUCCUGGUGGGCGGAUUUGCUGAAGCUCCACUACUACAGCAAGCUGUCCAGAAUGCUUUCGGCUCCAAAUGCCGAAUCAUUAUUCCUCAGGAUGUGGGGCUCACUAUCCUCAAAGGAGCAGUCUUAUUUGGUCUGGAUCCUGCUGUCAUUAAAGUGCGCCGCUCUCCCCUGACCUACGGUGUAGGAGUCCUGAAUCGUUAUGUGGAGGGCAAGCAUCCUGCAGAAAAGCUGCUAGUUAAAGAUGGCACCCGCUGGUGCACGGAUGUCUUUGACAAAUUUAUUUCUGCUGACCAGUCGGUGGCUCUUGGGGAGACUGUGUCGCGCAGCUAUACACCUGCCAAGCCUUCGCAGCUGGUCAUCGUGAUCAACAUCUACAGCUCGGAACAUGACCACGUCAGUUUCAUUACUGAGCCAGGGGUGAAGAAGUGUGGCACUCUGCGCCUGGAUCUCACAGGAACUGAUACGUCCGCGCCAAGCAGAAGGGAGAUCAAAACACUAAUGCAAUUUGGGGACACUGAGAUCAAAGCCAUGGCAAUUGACGUUGCCACUUCUAAAAGUGUCAAAGCUGGUAUUGAUUUCCUAAACUACUAAUGCUCCUCCCCUGCCCACCACCUGAUAGUUCAAUACUCCGUUCUCUCAUUUUUCAUGUGUCACCAAAAUGGACUUGCAUUUCAGCCAGAUGGAAAAAGGAGAGAACCAUUAGAAGGGAAACGUCAGGCAUUUUUGUUGUUGUUGUUGUUCUCAAAAUUAUCUGUUCAGGAAUCUGAAAUUUACAUGGUUAUCAGGUGCUAAACAUGAAACAGAAUAAUCCAAAAUGGCUAAAUGCAUUGUGAGAAUUAGUCAUUGAAAUAUCACUGCCCUCUUUGAUUGGGAAAACAAAUAGUUUUACUGGAAGUAUUCCACAUGUGCUGUAUUUGGGGUCCAGAAUGUCAAAGCUCAUAUUCAUGGUCCUACAUUGAAGACCCCAAUACAGCAAAUGGCAAAGCUGUCUCACUGAUACCAACAAGUCUGCUUUGGACAGCAGGAGGUCAUCAGUGCAGCCCUAAAUUAAAGUCCUCUCAAGUGCUGCUGUAAAUUGUCAGUGGAGAUUUAUAGGUCUUUAGCAGUUUUAAAACCAGACCUCUCUUAUUUAUAUGCUUUAAUCCGAGUGCUAGAGGUGAAGUAUCUUCUAGCCUUUCUUUGUAAAAUACGAAAAAACAGCACUUACCGCCCAGGCAAAGUACGUUUACUUGUUGGGGAUAUAUGAUGACUGCUUCGGGUGGCUUUUGCUUCUGUUUUAGCAAACUCCAAAGCCACAAAGUAGAUUUGUUAAGGCUGCAGUCCAUUUAAAGGAAUCCAUUAAAUUUGCAAAACAUUCAAAUACAUUUCAAAUUAGGAGAUAUGAUACACAAUAUCAUCUUAGGACACGCACACCCUUUUGAGGUGAAGGGAAAAGGGAUGAUGUUUGCCACCUGCAGUUUGUAGAAGUAGUUUGUAUAAAUACACAUCGUAUUAAAAACAAUGUGUUGGAACAAGACUUUGUGAUACCUAGAGCAGACCCACUGGAAUAAUGGCACAGGCUAGUUGAUCAAGUGCUAGUUGAUUCCAGUGGAUCUACCUGAAGUGUUAAUCUAACCUGAUUAAUCCAGGAAUAGGGGAACCUGUAGCCUUCCAAUUCCCACAAGUCCCAGUCAGAUCACCAAUGGUCAGAGAUGAUGAGAGUUACACUCCUACGACAUCUGAACGGCUCUCCCUGGGUUAGCCAUUAACAUUGCAGCCCAAGUAUUUGAGUAUUUCUUCUUUUUUGUUCAUUGGAAAGAGACGUUUUUCAAAAGUCUCCCUUCUCAACAGUUUUUGCAAGUUUAAGAGCUCCCACUUCACAUUUUCCUUUUGGAAAUGUGGUAGGUGGGGGAUUUUUAAUUUUUAAAGAAAUGCUUCCAGCUAGCUGUUGGGCAGACCUCAUGCAAAAGAAACGAAGGGGUAUGGUGGCAGUUGCUGCCCAGAAAGCACCUCUAUUCUCAUGUUGGAGAAAGCAAGGAACCAUUUUCAUUACCUCUCACAUACACAUUAAGAAACAGGAAAUAAAUACUGUGUUGGUCCUAGAAAGUGAGAUCCAGUAAAUGAAAAGGGAUACCUUUAUACUGGGCCAGCAUUUCACCUGUUCAUGAAAGAACGAUAUAAAAUGCUUAUUGUUAUUUAGAAUGAUUCAGCAGGAAAAAGAAAGCAGGUUGUUACAUCCACAAUCAAACCUCGGUUUGUGACCGCCUCUGUUUGUGAUCGCUUCAGUUUCCGACCACUGUGGACCCAGAUGUGUUUACAUCCGGGUUCCGCGGCGCUCGGAUGCGCAGAAGUGUGCAUCAGGGAGCAACUGAUUCGGGGAGCGACCAGCUCCGUGGAACGGAUUGCGGUCGCAAACCGAGGUACCACUGUAUAGAGAGUAGUUAGAGUUACCUGUCAUUCAUUUGCGUCCAAAAUACUUGCUUUCCCAUUCUCUUCCAUUGAUGUAACUGUAUACCCAGCCCUGCAUACAUAAGCCAUGAAGUGGGCAAUUUCCAGCUUUCCUCCUCACCAGCUUCUGUGAUACAGUACAUCCAGAAGAAGCUUAAAAUCUAGGGGGGGGGGGGGAAUUGCCAGGAGAUAUGUAGGCAGGUUAGGAAGUUCAGCUGUGUUGCAUUUGGCCUGCAGAGGGAGCAUGAACACUGUUUCUCCAAGAAAUGAGAGACUCCCCUACCCUUUCUCCCACACAACUUAAGAAAGGAGGAACAUGGCACAUAUCUUGAACACUGCCAGCUUCAAAACUCUUGAAAGCUUCAGGCAACAAACUAGAUCCCUUCCCGGUGUGAAUUAGAGCAGCUGAACAUAAGAAACACCAACACAGAAGUUGCUUUAAACUGUGGUGUGGUGUGGCUGCAUCCACAUAACAAUUUCUUGGAUUUGCACAUGGCCUGCAGUUCUGCAUUACUACAUACCAAAUGUGAUUAGAGGUGGCUUGGGGAAAAUAAGUUUCUCUGUGCUGCAGGUCCUUCAAGACUGGCAAUUUGCAGCAUGGAGGCAGCUUCCAUGCCAUGCAGUCUAAAGCCACAAUGCAGGGCUUUUGAUAUGUAGUCACUUCCAGAUAUACUGGAUUUGCAGCCAAGACACCCUCAACACCGAUGGGGAAGGUCAGCCAUGUUUCCCCGCCCACAUUUUGAAAACACAUUGUGAUCCACUGAACCCCAAUCAUGCUUCCAAGGCACCAGAAUGUUACCGUAAUUGUGUAGUUAUACCCUUUUCCAGUUAGCUAUGCAUGAGUGAAAAGCCAUAGACCCUUUUUACUUUUAAAAACGCAAGAUUGUUGAUCAGGCACUUAAGUCAUAUUUUAGGGGCCAUUGUGCAAAUGCUUAAAAAUUCAGUGAAGAAUUUAAAAGGGGCCCCAUUUGCAUUAUAUUCAUUAUAUAAUUCCCUGAUGAAAUGUGAAUAAAGUUUUGCUGAAUUAGCUAUCACAGGGAUGGAUUGGAUAAUUCUAGUCACAGUAUCUAGCUUGCUGUUCCUUAAAUAAUUAUUCUACUGAAUAAUUAGAAAGUGUGCAUGCUGGCUUUCCUUUGUUUUCAUCCUGUCUGCUGUGUUUUAAAGGCAAACGAUUUGUUUUUCUAUAUGUGUAAGUGUGUGUGGCCUUCCAUGGUUUACAAACAAGCAACUCCUUUGGGUGAGCUAUGAACAAUAUUAUGUGAUGUAUAUACAAUAUUUAAAUAUUGUACAGAUGCUUUCUUUCCAAAGUGCUAUUUUCUUGUACAGAGUGCUCUUUACCUCUGUUGAUUUGCAUUCAGUGGUUAAUUUUAAAUAACAUAGUUUCACAGUCUGCUUCAGUAAUUAUAGGCUUUUAAAGAUGGUGAGAUAUGAAAUGCAUAAUGCUGAUCUUGUAAUAACAGGAGGGGAGUAUGAAGAGUGUCAGACAAUCCCACACUCUUCUUGCUAUGCAAAGAAUAGCAUACAGACACACCUUUGGGUUUUGAAUUCUUUUUAACAGCCCCAGUUCCAUUUGAAGCAAUGCAUAGGAAUGACAAUGGUUAAAGUCCUUUUGUACAUCAGGUCUUCUUCUCCUACCUGAAAACUAGAUGGUCAUUUGGGGCAUUUAUUACCCCCAAAUGUUCUCCAGUAUCAAACCGUAUGCUUUAUUUCAAUGGUACAGUAUCUCUUUAUUAUUAGAUUCAGGCUAAACACAGACCAUUGGCCACAUAUGGAAAGUUCAGCUUGCUGCCUGCCAGGUACUCUAAAAAAAUAGAGGGAUUCUCAAGUACCAGAAUGGCCACAAAACAUGGCUAGUUCAUUGCAUUUGACUUGGUGAUUUGCCAGCCGUGCAGGUCCCUACUAGACUAGAACAGAAUGCAUAUGUCAUCAUAAGCUAGAACACUGGGGGUGGCAAGCUAGAAUGGCAAAAGAUUGCUUGAUAUUAAUUGUGUUGGACUCCUUUCGGUGUGCUACAUCUUCUGAUAGGCAAUUGGUGCCUGGAAGAUACAAUGCAAGAUCAUCUUACAUGACUGCUUCCUUGCUUUGUGACAUGGCUCUUCCCAGAAUCCCAGUUGUCUUGGAAAAGCAUUGUUUCAAGUUGUUGCAUCUUCAUCAUACAUGCAGUCAAAGGAGCAAGGGCCAGGGCACCUGCCAGGGCCAAGAAUCCCACUACCAGUUUUCCUGGCCCUGCUGCAUUGCUUCCUUUUGCAGCUUGUCCCUGUUCACCUGCCUUCUCUGAGUGAGCAAUAAGCAAAAAAGCAGUAACCCUACACCUUGUUGUCUCCGGCUGGGAGGUGCUGCACUGGAUUGCAUUUAGCUAAAGCUGCCCUCCUUCACAUUAUUCCAUGUCUGUAUUAGGAAGAGAUUUCAUUCCACAGGGACUCCUGCAAAAUCCUUACCAAACACUAUUAAGUCCCCACUGCUGGAAACUGCCAGGGUGGCAAGGAGGAUCCAAAAAGGACAUAGAUUAUUUCCUGUAACUCAGUCAUUUCUGAUCCUUUUACAGCAGCAGAAUGCUAUCUUUAUAUUCUUGCUCAUUUUCUCCUUUCCAUAACCAGGAUAUUGCUUCUUUUCUCCCAGUCACAAAACAUGAAUAGAUGGUCAGUCCUCAGAUUACGGUACAUCAUAUAUUCAAGUUGACAAAUCAGCUCUUAAAAUGUUAAACUCCCUUUUCAUCACACAGACAGAUUUUAAGCGUGGAAUUCUGCAGUUUUCUAGCAUACGUUCAAGAAAAUGUUCUCACUAAAUUGUCUUUAGCCAUUGCAUCUACCGGUAUAUAUUUUUAAAUAUGGGAUGUUUCCCUAAUACAUUGUUAUUAGAAGCAUGAUUCCACUUGCUGUAUGGAAGGACACUACAAAGUGUACUAUAAAACCUCUUACACUUUCUCUUCUGUGAACAAAAGUAUGUAUAAAAAUUAUGUGUAUUAGCAUAUCUGCAUUAAUAGCACAUUUGAAUGUCUUAUCAAAAUAGCUGUCAUUCCAGGUUAAAGUGCUAUAAACCUGCAAUCCUGAGAUUUCGGUCUAUAAAUUAUCCACAAAAUUAUCAUACCAAACUUUUAAAUUUUCCAUCCUAUUCCCUAAACUUCUACAGGGAUAUUAUUUCACUUGGAUAGUAAGAUAAUUAUAUUAAUCUAGGUGAGCUAAAUUUUGCAUAGCAAUACAACGGUUUACAAGAAAGAACUUCUGUCCGAUGGAGGUAUGUGAGUGAUCUGAUUAAUUCCCCUGAUGUAAUUUGCUCAGUGUGCUUGCAGCCAAUGAAAGGAGAUAACUCAUGGAUGGCAGCAGCUGCUUAGAAAUACAUCAUGCAGCAAACCAAUCACUUAAGCCUGUAUUCUUGCAAAUAUGUUGGCUGAAGUACUGUUUGGGCUACUGAACUGGCUGUUAUGUGUACUGAAUAUUUAAAUAUAAUCAGACUUCAGUAACUAGUUUUUAAAACUCUGCUAUAGCACUGUUGCUAUUAUUGUGAGAUUUAUAAUUUUUAAAAAAGCUUAUUUACCCCGCCCCAUCUUCAUCAGCUCCCAAAGGGGGUAUAAUUUUGCUGGGCAUGCUCUUUGCCACUUAGAAUCCAUCCCUAUUUUCCCAAAUAAUAGCAAAUUAGGUUUGGUGUUUAAGGGAACCUUUUAGAAAUAGAAUGUGAUGCUAUAACUACAGGCUUUUGUAUGAGCCCUAUGCUAAAUUUAAAGGAAGUGGCACAUGAAUGUUCACUUGUAAGUACCGUAGAAACUGGUAAAGUGAUAGAUGUUUGCCAGAUGAGAGUAAGAAACACAAUUUUCCAUGUGUUUUCUGCUGCAGGGUUGGUUGGUUAUUGUUUACAGAUCUUGAUCAAUAGAAAUUUAAGGGAAAGGUUCUGCUCUGUGCCAUAUUACAGAGACCCAAACUUUUACCCUGACAGCAAAACUUGCUUUGCUUUCUGUGGAAGUUUCUGUCUGAACCCAACCAUGGAAAACCAAAGCAACUUACCAUAAACCUGGAAAUUUAAAAUUAUGGCAGAGUUUGUAAAAUACUGUGAGCCAGAUGUGGAUUAAGUUGAAUUUAGUUCCCAUUGAAAUAAGCGACAUGAUUUAAGUCAUGACAAAUGUUUCAUAUUGAUUUCAAAAGGAACUAAAUUCAACUAAGUGCAAUACUAUACAUGUUUACUCAGAAGUAGACCCUGUUGAGUUGCCAGGUAAGUAGGUAUAGGAUUGUAGUCUUAAACUGGAUCCAUCCCAGUGCUGUUAAAGAAACCUUCAGCCAAUGCUCUAAGCACUUUGCAGUAAUCCAAAUAAACAAGUGUUGGAAUAUAUUAUUAAAAGAUGUAAUUUUAUUGCAGUGAUGUAACUGCAGUAGCAAAACUGCAUUAUUUACACUCUUUAAAAUCCACAGCACAUUGUGUAAAGGUUGUUGGGCAUAAUGCUACAAUAUUCAUCUCUGCUUUGAUAACUCAUCAAAUAUAUUGUAAAAAAAUAGAAAUAAACAUCCGAUCAUUGCAAUCUCAUUCAAUUUCUUCCCUGUGCAAGACUACAAACCUCACUUAAAGUCCUGGAGCAGAUAACAGCUUUUCACUGUUGCAUCUUCUGAGUACUGUGCUCUUCAAAAAGUGUGAAAUAAAACACAGUAAUCUGUGAGGGAAGAUGUCUUCUGCUGAUUAUUUAUGGCUCCUGUGUUAAAAGUUGUUUCUAACAUGAUGCACCAUCCAGCAGAAAG